GUGGAUAGGUAAAAGUCAUCCAAAAAGUCCCCAAAUCAGCGAUAAAAUCUCAUUUAACCAUAACAUAAUGCUAAUAAUGUGAAGGGUGAGGAUGUAUUGAUUUUCUAUGUAAACGGAAUUGUCACUUUUUCAUGUACACAAAGUCUAUGGGGAAACGGAAUUUCCGUUUUCAGACAUGCUGAAACGGAAUUUAAGAUUUUUCUGAAACGGAAAAGGCAAUUUUUAGAAAGGGAAAAUCACUGUCCCUAGAUCUCUAUUUUAAAGCAGCCAUAACUUGCUUAUUUGUUUGUCUGAUUUCUUUCAAAGUUUCACCAUUCUGUUUUUCUUAAUUUUCUUUUUUCCAACACAUCAUUUUGGGACCAAGGUUGGAUUCCCCUUUAAAAGUCAAACCUCAAUAGUUAUGUAGGCCUAUAAUAGUAUCUGGUAAUAGUGGAGGCAAAAUUGUCAACUGUUAGCAUUCAAGAAUGUAUUUGUAGGUAUCAAAUUGAUCAAUAAAAUAUGUACACGAAAUCAUACAUACUGAAAAUAACUGGUUUUAUGGUAUAUUUUCUCAGUCAUAGACCAAAGUAUUUUUUCUGCAUAUCGUACUUGAAAUAUAAUAUACAUAUACAUAAAGGUUACAUAAGGUUCAGUCCUGGACGCAGGAUCUUCUUUUCCUCUAUGUCCACCUCCUGGUGAUAAACAAUGACGUCUGUAAAAUUGGGGCGGUGUGGGGUAGGAACCCUAUAAUCAAAUUCUGCAUAACGGCAACAAAAUUCAAUCCUCCUUUCAAAUUGUAAUACAUCCGUAGACUCUAUAUUUUUCUCAUUGUAAUUAAUUAUCUGUAUAUCAUCUAGGAAUGUGUGCUGAGUGGUAUGUUGGCUGUAAGUGGCAAGAAGGUACUGCACAUGGAUAGACAAAAAUACUACGGAGGAGCCAGUGCAUCUAUGACACCCCUGCCAGAGCUGUUUACCAAAUUUGGCCUGCCCAAACCAGGAGAAAAAUAUGGUAGACACAGAGACUGGAAUGUUGAUCUAAUCCCCAAAAUCUUGAUGGCUUCAGGUCAGCUGGUGAAGUUGUUAAUUCAUUCUGGAGUUACCCGUUAUCUAGAGUUUAAGCAGAUAGAAGGCAGUUAUGUGUACAAAGGGGGAAAGAUCUACAAGGUUCCAGCCAAUGAAAAGGAGGCAUUAUCAUCAUCCCUGAUGGGAAUCUUUGAAAAACGCCGGUUCAAGAAUUUUCUCAACUAUGUGGUUAACUUUGAAGAGGAAAACCCCAGUACCUUUAAAGGAGUAGAUCCGAAUAAAACCACUAUGAAUGAGCUAUAUCAAAAGUUUGGUUUGGAUCAAAACACACAAGGUUUUGUAGGACAUGCGAUGGCUCUCCACCGUGAAGACGAAUACGUUGAUCGGCCUUGCAAGGACACAAUAUUGAGAAUCAAGUUGUAUAUUGAUUCUCUUGCUAGAUAUGGCAAAUCUCCAUAUAUAUAUCCUCUAUAUGGAUUGGGAGAACUCCCUCAGGGUUUUGCCAGACUUUCAGCCAUCUAUGGAGGUACAUACAUGUUGGACAAACCAAUACAGGAGAUCGUGAUGGAGGAGGGUAAAGUUGUUGGCGUCAAAUCUCAAGGUGAAAUGGCUAAAUGUAAGAUGGUGAUAGGUGACCCUUCCUAUUUCCUUGACAGGGUUGAGAAGAAGGGCCAAGUGGUGAGAGCCAUUUGUCUGCUCAACCAUAGCAUCAGUGAUAUACAAGGAGUGAGUUCAGGGCAAAUCAUCAUCCCAAAGAACCAAGUUGGCCGACAUUCAGACAUCUAUGUACUGAUGCUCUCCAGAACUCACAACGUUGCAACCGAAAAUUGGUAUAUUGCCCUCGUAGCUACCACAGUGGAGACUUCUAAUCCAGAAGCAGAACUGGAACCAGGUAUUAAACUUCUUGGCCCUAUCACAGAGAAGUUUAUAUCAAUAGUUGAUCAGAUGAGCCCUAAAGAAACAGCAGAGCAGAGCCAGAUUUUCGUCACCAAAUCCUACGAUGCGACUACUCACUUUGAGACAACCUGUGAUGACAUCCUGGACAUAUACCGUAAAAUCACGGGUGAAGACUUUGAUUUCAGCAAAAUAAAACAAGAGGUUGAAACAACGGACUAAAGGGAGUGAGAAGUUUGGUGUUAGUGUUGGUGUUAGAAUGCCCUUUGUCGCUGUUAUCCAAUCAAAAAUGAUUCAAAUCACUUUAUUGGUAGCUCUAUGAGAUCCAUCCCUGCACCAGCUUCAUUUAAGAGUUUGGUGCCUUGCUGAUUUAAGGAUUGGCCAAACACCAACACCAAAAGAUCAACACCGAACUUGAUUUCACCCAAUUAUGUAUUGCAGCUACCCUUCCCUCCCAUACUAUUACAUAGAUUCAUGCCACUACAUAUCCGGGUAACUGUAUCUAGCAUUAAUUGUAUAUAUUAUUUGUUAUGAAUGUACAAUUGUGUGGUCAUAAAUAUAUUGGGUUAGUUCUUGGUAGUUGGUGAGAAUUUGAUUAAGAAGGGUAACACAGCUUCACAAUUUUUUCAUGAAGGAAUACAAAACAUUGUAUACAUACCACAAAUUUGAUGAGAGGUUGGUUAGUUUUGUUACUGAUGAAUUUGUUAACCCUGAAGGAAAUGGCAGAGAAUAGAUGUACACCACCGUAAGGUGACUCUAAAUUAAUCAUCUCUCUCUAAAUUUAUACCUUCAUACAGGUACAACAUAGUAUGAUCAAAUUUACACCACGUAUUCAUACAUCUUUAAGUAUGAUGAUAGAAAGUAAUAGAAAGAAAAAAAAAUUAGUGGUUGAAUGAAAAGCGAUUGUCCUGGUCUUCAAGUGGCAUGAAGAUUUAUUGUAUUUGAUGGAUUUAAGUUUUUGGAAAUGUUUUUUAUCUGCAAUAUGGUUAGAAAAAAAAGGUAUGUAUUUGUUAAUUUUCUUUUUACCUGAAAGAAUGUUUUUGUGUUGAAGUAUGAAGAAAAUACCUGAACCUUUCUUUUUUCUAUUUCAUUGUAUGUGUAGCCCUUCUGUUUAUACACUGCAUAUUUUUAUGUAUAAUCUUCUAUAAAUUAGUCACAUUUAUAUAAGUAUAGGACAAAAUUAUUUAAUGAAAGAAUUCCAGCAUGUAAAAGGAUUUUCAUUGUUUUAUGUGGCAGUCUAAUCGAAGAGAUCUGACAUUAAUUGUGAUAUUGCAGUCUUAUAUUCUUAUCCAGAUACAGUAUAAACACAUGCCUAUUUCAUAUUUCACAGGUCUAACACUUAUUUAUUUUUUUUUCCUCUUAAAAAGUUCACAAAUUUCAGCAAUAACAUGGUAUAGAAUUACUUGUACCAAUAUUUUAAUUCUUAUAUAUUGUAAAUCAAAUGGAGACAAUUGCUUAUCCAGCGAUUCUUACAAUGUUAAUGAAGUCUGUGAGAGAUCUUAUUUCAUGUACAACUGUGCUGUAAUUCACACUUAUUUGAAAUUGAUGUACAGUUUCCUGUGGUUUCAUUAAAUACAAAAUGAAUAGUGGUGGAUAGUACAAUAUAAACUAUUUCUAUGAUUUAUCAGAUUAUCCUAAUAUAGUAGAUUGCAUGACUUUUUGAGUGGAAAAAAUGUCAUUCGUUUUUCUAUGAUAGGCCAAGUUGUAGUUACCAGUUACCACCAUCAGAUAUACUAGGAAAAAACGAAGUAAAUUACUUAAAAAGUACUAUACAAUUUUUUUUGGAUAUAGAUAAUAUGAUUUUUUAUGUUUAUUACAGAUAUCUAUAUCAUGCCUGCAGCUCACUGUCGGUCCACAAUUUCUUGAGCACCCCUAAAAUAAUGAUGGUAAAUUGGCAAUAUUUAUGAAUACAUACAUGUACUUACGAGAGAAUCAGAUGUGCCGAUCCCCUUUGAUUUUACAUGUAAUCACUCCAUCAUAAACUACUUUAUGGUUAGAAAUUGAAUUCAUUUAAAUUUUUACAUCUUUAUAAAACAGAUAAUGACAGCAAUUAUUGAUACGGACAUGUACCCAGGAAAGAAUCAGAUGCGUUGAUCACCUUUCAUUAUAAUUGCUCCCUGAUAAUCAUACUACCUUAUGCGUAGAAAUCGAAUUUAUAAUGAAUUUAUGUGCAUGCACAGCUUUCUAUUGAGCAGUAACAGCAAUUUUUCCAUUAGUGCAUCUAUUGUUAUGCAUGUCUUGCAUGUAGAACUUUGCAAAGUAAAUAUAUCCUAUUACUGAAGAAAAGGCAAAUUAUUUUCAAGCUGAAGAUGAAAGAAUAAAAACCCCAAACAACGCCACAACUUUACCUUUCCUGAGCAUACUGCAGUAUAAACUUAUUAGAGGUCUGUUUGUGAUUAGUCAGGUAUUACAAAAUAAAAUUUUACAUGGAAAAAGUCAUUGCAUAUCAGUGGAAGUGGAUUAGAGAUCCUACGUGAUUCAUAAAUACAUAGUCCUGUUAAAAAUAAUGAAAGUUCUGUCAGAUUCAUUUUUUUUAACAUUUCUUUUUAAAGUAACUAUUCCUCCUUCACAAUGUCUUUGUGUAAUGACAUAUUCUGUCUCUAUAUCAAAUUAAGUAACACUUUCCCUCAAAUUUAUUUCUCAAAUCUACAAGUUAUAUGGCACAUGUAGGAUGUGGAUAUAAUGGAUACAUGCAAUGUUUUUUUUCUCUGUAUAAGACUGUAAAAUUCAGGCAAUUAUGCUUAUGGGCAAGCAUGUUAUCACCUUUGCUGAUUCUGCCCCCCCCCAUUUUUUUCUUCUUUGAGAGAUCUGUUUCGAGGAUCUGUUUACUCUAGAAUAGAAGAUGGGAAGCUCUAUAAAUGUUAAAAAUCUGUGUGUAAAAAUUUAGAAAAAGUAGAAAAAAGUCAGUAUAUUAUAUUCAGAUUGAGAUUGUGAAUGAAGUCAAUAUGGUUUAGGGAAGGAAGAAAAAAAGGUUACCAAAUUUACCACUAGUGAAAAGCUAAGUAGUAUAUGAAAAUAGAUUAGAACUACAUGGAGUAUUUCUGCUAAUCCUUCCUUUUAGGUGAAUACUUAUAAACGAUCAUGAUUGUUCAUUGUUUGUUCAUAAACGUACUUAUCCUGCGAUCUGCAUGUAAUUGUGGCGUGUGGUUUUUUUUUUAAGCGUAAUUAAAAUGUAUGACAGAUAGAUGUUGACUUCAUUUCUGUUAUGUUCAUAUAACCGAUAUGAAAUAUGAUUCUCUACUCGAGAUAAAUGGUGUAAAUUGAUCAAUAUCCUCCCAUUUAUAAUGCUCUGUACAUGUAUAUCUAGAUGGAUAUGUUUUGAUUUACACCCACAUUUACAUUGGCGUAUAUUAUAGUGUUUUAUUUUCCUCUCUUUCUCUUUGGUUUUGGUUUUUCAAAAUCAAAGAACAUAUUAAUUCUUGAACUGAAUACACAUUCCAUUUGAGGUACAGAAGAUUAAUUUAAUCAUCAGUUGACCUAGAAUCAUUUGAAAUUUUAUUCUUCUUUUUUAGUCAUGCAAAAUAAUAUUUUCAUGUUGCAAAGUAAACAUUUACGUACAAAACAAUGAAUUUUUACAAGCUUUACAUAUUCAUUAUGUGUAAAAUAUACAGUGUUUUUUUUUACACAUAAAGUGUCGAGAUUUCAGUUACCUUUUCUGUCUUGAAUAGAUUAUCUUGAUACAAAGGAAAUGAAAUAUCAGUAUCAAUUUAUCACUAUCACUAAUUGGUAUAAAAUGUUGAAUAUAAAAGUAGAGUCUGAUUUUAAAAUUCAUGUUACGCAUACCUUUGGUACUUUUGCUUAUAUUAAAGAUAAAAUGAAGUACAAUUUCAUUAUGGUUUGAUGUAUUUCUAAAGGAACACGAUAUUGCUUUGCAAUGCACAAUUAUGCAUAAAUAAGUAUAAUUCAGUUUUACUUGAUCUUAUCAAUUUAAUAUCAUGUGUCUUGAGUUUAGGUUCAUCUAUCACUUGGGAUAAGAAUUAUGUUACCGUCUAUUUAUCAAUUAAACAUUCAACUGUUAUGGGAAUAUUAAAAUAAAAGUGUACAGUUAAAACAUA